AUGGGAUCGCGGGUCGGGUGGCCAGAGUCUCCUGCGUGGCUAAUGGCGCAGGGGCGCACGGAAGAUGUCAUGGCCGUGCUGCAGCAGAUCGGCAAGAUGAACGGCACGUCGCUGCCGCCCGAUUUCAUCCUCAUCAGCAGCACCGCUGUGCCGGAGCCAUCGAACUCCCCGGCCUCUCCACCGCUCACUCCGGUGUCGAAGCGAGCGACCCGGGUGGGCCCCACCUCUACUGCGUGGGACUAUGACGCCGUUGCCCCGCCGGCUGACCGCUGGGCCUUCCUCCAGCUGCCUUGGAUGAAGACUACCGCGGUGCUACUUGCAUUUCUCUGGUUCCUCAGCAACUUUGGAUACGGUGUGGCCGCGCUGCGAAUCGACCUCGCCCCGCCACCCCUCACCGUCCCCAUCCCGCCGCCAGGCAUCUUCAACUCGAUGAAUCUGGAGCUUGUCGCCGCCAAGCUGGGCGGGGUACCUACGUCAGACAACACAUAUUUGCAGGCCAUCUAUAUGUCUGCCGCUGCGCCCGUUGGCGCCCUCGCGGGCGCGUUCAUCGUCGACUCUCCCCUCGGAAGAAAGUGGACGCUGGUCGUGGGCAUCCUGACGAUGGCCGCGUCGAUGAUCGGAUUCCUGCGCACAAGCACGGAGAACGGCGUCGUGAUGACGGGCGCGUUGACGCAGGCCACCUCGCAGAUCAUGUACGCCGCCCUCUACCUCUACACGCCGGAGGUGUUUCCGACCGCUGUGCGCGGCACCUGCGUUUCGACGCUGUCGCUCCUCUCGCGCAUCGCCGGCAUCAUCGCGCCAAUCGGCGUGUCCGCCAACGGCGUCGUAUUUGUCGGGCUCAGCUGCAUCGGCACAAUGGCGCCUCGCGCCACGCGCUCGCCCCGCCGAUUCUCGCGCACAAUCCCAAUGGAGGACCCGCCAUCUCUAUCUGCAUAG